ACCUUCUUCUUCUCAAUGGAGGCCAUGAGAAGAAAGCAGCCCGCUGGUCUAGCCAAGAGCUGCGUGGAUAAAGGUGGAUCCACAAAGAAAGAGGGACUCGAUCCAGGAAGCAAUGGAGAAGAGAAGUCAGAUGGGGACAAAGAGGUAGCAGACAGACUGGCUUUUUCCCCUGCAGCAGAGGUGAUGCUGAACGGCACCGAGAGCGACGACACAAGCCACAAGGACCUGACAACAGGAAAUAACAAGACUGUACUGUUGUUAAAUGAAAAUGGCACGUCUGACAUGGAGCCACCGCAUGGUUCUGUUACUGGAAGCAAUGGAUUCAUUCUCACUAAGCAGCAGCAGCCGGAGCAGGAAGGCAGCGCUGCAGCGGCACCAGGUUUGGGAGUUUCCCCUCACAGGACUAACUGGUUGCCCUCGGGCUCACCGACAGGGGGGCAUGCAGCCAAAACCCUCCCUGCCUUGGCGUCUGGGAGUGCACAGAGUUCAGGUGCACUGAGGACUGCCCCCAGUACAGGGACAAAGCCGGGGCAGGGGACACCAGACACUAAAAAUGGCCCCAGUUUAUCUCCUUCCCCGGUUCCAGCGCCAGUCACCGUACACAGAGCGCGCAAGACCAUGUCCAGACCUGCUGUCAGCCCUGCACAAAAGCUUCUUAACAGGGAAUUAAGGGAAGCAAAGAGUGCCAAAAUGGAGUCUCAUGUUGCACCCGACCUGCAGAAAUCCUCACCGCAGUCACCCUCUCAGAACCACCUACCUCAGAGUCCACCAGAUACACCAUCUUCAGCACAAACUGCAUCAUCAGCUUCACCAGCACCUGUUCCUCCACCACAGCCACUUCCAACUCCUGCAGAACCGGAAGCUCCUUCGGCUUCUCCUGCUCCUGUCCAAGCCAAGCUCCAGCUAGGCUCUUACUCGGGAGCGCUGUCAUCCCGUAAGAAGAAGAGGCGAAUGGGAAUGUACAGCUUGGUUCCCAAGAAGAAAACCAAAGUGCUAAAGCAGAGAACUGUGCUGGAAAUGUUUAAGGAACUACAGCAGACUGCCAAGAGUCCAGAGGCUAAAGAGGUGGCCAGCAUAAAUGGGGAGAAAGUGGGAAAUGCAUCUGAGGAUGAAGAGUCAGAAGAUCUGGAGUCUGAAGAGGAGGAACAACAGCAGCCAUCAGAAGAACCUGAAAGUGCUGCGCAGGAAACCUCUGAAUCCAUCGCUCAGGUGAAAGACGAGCAGGAGUCUGAAGAAUCUGGAGAGGAAGAGUUGGAGGAGGAAGGCACUGAAUCUGACUUGAGCACAGAGUCGAGUCUGAAGAAAAAAUUGAAAAAGAAAACAAAAGCAGACAGCGCAUGGCUCCGGCCCUCCAGGAAACGAAAAAGGAGGAUGAAGUCCAAAGAGCCGGAGGUGGCUGUUCAGCCUCAGGCUCCAACUCCAGCCGAACCCCAUGAUCACAAGGAGUACACGCAGAUUGUCCCACCUGUCAGCCUCAGCACGCCUUCACCCAGCAAAGACACUUCAGGGUCGGCGGUUGAGGAGGCUCAGGAGCUUCCGCUCUGCAGUUGCCGCAUGGAGACCCCCAAGAGUCGAGAAAUUCUCAUUCUGGCAGACAGGAAGUGCAUGGCCACAGAGAGUGUAGAUGGACAGCUGACUCGCUGCCAGGACGCUGUAGUGAAACAUGAAAUGAUGCGUCCUUCCAACUCUGUUCAGCUACUCGUUCUGUGCGAGGACCAUCGCAACGGCAUGGUGAAGCACCAGUGCUGUCCGGGCUGCGGCUUCUUCUGCAGAGCGGGGACCUUCAUGGAGUGCCAACCAGAUGUGAACAUCUCUCACCGUUUCCAUCACGCUUGUGCCUCAGUGCUGAAAGGUCAAAGCUUCUGUCCUCACUGCGGAGAAGAGGCCAGCAAGGCCAAGGAGGUCACCAUUGCCAAGGCUGACACCACCUCCACCGUGCCCCCUGCUCUUGAACAUGGGCCAGCCACGCCUGGAGCCCUCGAGGGCCGAGCAGACACGACCACCGGCAGCUCCUCUUGUUUAACUGUGGGGGCUGAAGUCAGUGGCCGGGCUGACAGUUCGCUGCCUGUUCGUUCUGCACUUGGAUUCGACACAUCUGCUGUUCCUGGGUCCUCCAGGGCUGCCCCCCUGCAGGCUGGGAUGGCAACAACAGCCCUGUGUACACUCACUCCAGGACCCAGAGAAACUCUAGAGAGCAUCCUGGUGGCUCUCGACACAGAAAAACCCAAGAAACUGCGCUUCCACCCUAAACAACUUUACCUCUCUGCCAAGCAAGGAGAACUGAAGAAGGUCCUGCUCAUGUUGGUGGACGGUAUUGACCCAAACUUUAAGAUGGAAUCGCAGAAUAAACGCACCCCGCUGCACGCAGCAGCAGAGGGAGGUUACAAAGACAUCUGCCACAUGCUUGUUCAGGCUGGUGCAAACUUGGACAUGUGUGAUGAAGAUCAGCGGACUCCUUUGAUGGAAGCCUGUGAGAACAACCACAUGGAGGUGGUCCUGUACCUGCUCAGAGCUGGAGCCAGUGCCAUGCACAAGGAUGUUGAAGGGUUCACGUGCCUCCACCUAGCGGCCAAAUCUGGCCAUUACAAGAUUGUUGAGCACCUUCUGUCCACUGGACUGAUUGAUAUUAACUGCCAGGAUGACGGAGGCUGGACGCCCAUGAUCUGGGCCACAGAGUACAAACAUGCAGACCAGGUGAAGCUGCUUCUUACUAAAGGAGCUGACUGCAGCAUCAGGGACAAGGAAGAAAACAUUUGCCUUCACUGGGCCGCAUUCUCUGGCAGUGUGGAGAUAACGGAGCUGCUGUUGAACGCUCACUGCAAUCUGCAAGCUGUCAACAUCCAUGGAGACUCUCCUCUACACAUUGCUGCUCGGGAGAAUCGCCUGGAUUGCAUCACGCUCCUCCUGUCUCGAGGAGCAGAUGUGUUUUUGAAGAACCGCGAGGGAGAAACUCCCCCAGACUGCUGCAGCCACAACUCGAAGGCCUGGGCUGCUCUGCAGGCCAACAGGAAGGAGAGGGAUGCCAAAAACAUUAGGCUUAGUCGAGCAGAAGAGAAAGCCCUUCACAGUGACAUAGCUUUAGGGCAAGAGCGAGUUCCCAUCCCCUGUGUCAACGCAGUUGACAGUGAACCUUACCCAGAUGGCUACAAGUACAUCCCCGAAAACUGUGUUACUUCCCCCAUGAAUAUUGACAGGAACAUAACACACUUACAGUACUGUGUUUGUAAGGAAGACUGCUCUGCGAGUAUCUGCAUGUGUGGACAGCUCAGUCUGCGCUGCUGGUACGACAAGAGCGGUCGACUUCUACCUGAAUUCUGCCGAGAGGAGCCUCCUCUCAUCUUUGAGUGUAACCAUGCGUGCUCCUGCUGGAGGACCUGCAAGAACCGCGUAGUGCAAAACGGACUCAGGACCAGACUCCAGCUGUUCAGGACCAGUAAGAAAGGUUGGGGUGUUCAAGCACUGCAAGACAUACCACAAGGGACCUUUGUAUGCGAGUAUGUCGGAGAGAUAAUCUCUGAAGCAGAAGCAGAGAUGAGGCAAAAUGAUGCUUACCUGUUCAGUCUGGAUGACAAGGAUCUCUAUUGCAUUGAUGCUCGUUUCUAUGGAAAUAUCAGUCGCUUCCUCAACCACAUGUGCGAGCCCAACUUGUUCGCUUGUCGAGUGUUCACGAAACACCAGGACCUGCGCUUUCCACACAUUGCCUUCUUUGCCAGUGAAAACAUCAAAGCUGGAGAGGAGCUUGGAUUUAACUAUGGUGACCACUUCUGGGAAGUCAAAAGCAAGGUGUUCAGCUGUGAAUGUGGCUCAUCCAAGUGCAGGUACUCAUCAGCGGCAAUGGCGUCCCUGCAGGCGGACAGCACACCCGAGGACCAGCAGCAGCCCAGCGCGUCGCCUGACACCAGCUCUUCCAACAGUCCUUCCAGUCCCUCCUAAACAAAACAAAAAAAAAAAAAA